AUGCUGGCUAUUCUUCAUGCGUUGCGAGCUUGGCGCUGUUUCAUUGAAGGAAGGCAAUACACCGUUUUCUCCGAUCAUAACCCACUCAAGUAUUUUCGCACACAAGCCAAACCAACACCUCGCCUCACCCGUUGGGUAGCGGAAAUUGAGCUUUAUGACCCUAUCAUUCAAUACAAGCCCGGCAAGGAAAAUUGUGUACCAGACCUUCUCUCAAGACGUGAUGGCCCAAAUUGUAUUAGCCAGGAAGCAAGCAUGGAACCUCAAUAUUUGUAUGCCGUCAAGUCCAUCCAAGAAUCCGAUUGGCCUAAGUUUUAUGCAUCACCCGAAGACAACUGGCCAGCCAUAUACAAGGAUCUCCUACUCAAGCAUAAGGACAAGUUUGUGACUCGUGAUCAACAAGUGUUUCGCUUGGUGCGUAUUGGCGACAAGUUGGAGGAGCGACGUUAUGUACAAUUUGCAAGACGUGCUGACUUGGUGCGAGAUUUUCAUCAUUCACUUGGUCAUGCAGGCAAAACAACAGUCGUUGAUCAUAUGGUCAAGCGUUGGUGGUGGCCCAAUAUGCGAACGGAUAUUCAAGAAUGGUUGGCCUCUUGUGCGGAAUGUCAAUUAGCUGCUAACGCUAAUCGCAAGACCCAUCAUGCACCAAUGGUCCCUUUGGAAGUACCACCACCUUUUUCACGUUGGCAUUUGGACUUCAUCGGUGAGCUUCCUACUACCAAGAAUGGCAAUCGAUGGUUACUUGUUGCAGUGGACUACGCUACCAAUUGGUGUUGUGCUCGUGCGGUGCCUAAUGCUACGGGUGAAUCCAUUAAUGACUUCAUUUAUGAAGAAUUGAUGCUGCCUUUUGGCUGCAUGAACGAGAUUUUGACAGACCGUGGUACCAAUUUUUCAUCAAAAGUACUCACCAACUAUUUGGGACGACUCAAGGUGAAACACAAAUUCACAUCGGCUUUCCAUCCAAGGACCAAUGCUAAAGCUGAACGCACCAACGGCAUCCUCAAGCAGAUGAUUCGCAAAUACGUCAACGGCCAAAUCCAUCGUUGGGAUGAGUUCAUUCACCUUGCUGUUUUUGCUUGUCGCGUAAGGAAACAUCGUACCACUGGAUUUAGCCCUUAUUUCCUUGUUUAUGGCCAAGAACCCAAACUUCCUGGAGACCACCUACAACCUUUCGUGUUAUCUCCCUUGGAUGAUUCCGAUUCUACAAUGGAACAAGCUGCACAAGGCCGGGUCCCUAUGGUUCGCGAAUUACGUAAAGCACGUGCCACUGCUGAACAACGCCUCAAGAAUAAUGCUGCAAGUGACAAAGCCCGUUGGGAUGCAUUGAUGAAGCCUCAAGUUUUCGCGGUUGGUGAUCACGUACUUAUGCGUCAUGAAAACAAGUUCAGCCUCGAAUACAAUUGGAAAGGCCCUUAUCGUGUGCUUGCUCGCAACUUGGAUACCCAUAUUUACCAGAUACAAGACAUGAAUGGUAACACCUAUGCUUCUUGGGUGCACACAGACCGCCUUCGACCAAUUCACAUCAACUCCACCAUCUCCAAUACACCUUGGUACGACCCUACGGCUUCACGUGCUCAAGCUCGCCAACAACUUGCUGCUGAUGCUUAA